UCUCUGGUACGGGAGGAGAAAUCGCGACUGCCUGCGGUGCGGGGUUGCUUUACGGCUUUAUGUCGUAACGGCCUCUGAUGAUCCAACCGUAAAGCGUGGAGCUCGCGGGCGCCACCCCGCUUCCAGCGAUGUCGUUGGGUUUGGGGCGAUUUGAAGCGAAAGGCGCGAGAAUCCGCCGCUGGUUGCCUGGCGGCUUCUCGUAGCCCGGCGGAGCCGCUGGAAUCAUGGCGGGGGCUGGCGCCGUGUUUGGGGAGCUCAGCCUCAUGGACAAAGGCAUUGGGAGCUUGUUGGAGAUAACUCUAAGUUCAGAACUUCACACAAUCAACCUACAUUGUAACCAAAUCUCGAAGAUUGAAGGGCUUGGCCAUAUCCAGAGUUUGCGGCAUUUAGACUUGUCAUCUAAUCAAAUAAAUCAAAUCGAAGGACUAAGUACCCUAACUAAUCUUCGCACUUUAAAUUUGUCCUGUAACUUGAUAACAAAAGUAGAGGGACUGGAAAAGCUGCAUAAUUUAACUAAACUGAAUCUGUCAUACAACCACAUACAUGAUCUUAGUGGAUUUCUAGACCUUCGUGGAACCAGUCAUAAAAUUAGUCACAUUGAUCUCCACAGCAACUGCAUAAGUAGUAUUAAUCACUUACUCCAAUGUAUGAUAGGACUGCACUACUUGACCAAUCUUACUUUAGAAAAAAAUGGAAAGGGCAAUCCAGUCUGUGACACAACAGGUUACAGAGAGAUCAUCCUUCAGACUUUGCCUCAGCUAACACUCCUAGAUGGAAGGAAUGUAUUUGGUGAACCAGUAAACUUCACAGAAGAGAAUUCAUCAGAUUUGCAAUGUUUAGAAGGUCUCUUGGAUUGUUUGGUUUCAUCCAGUCCCUCCUGCCAUGAAGAACAGAGUUGUGUUAACUUGCAAGUGAUCACCCCUCAUAUUGAUAAGGUGUUAGCUCAGUUUCGACAACGUGCAAGUAUACCAACACAAAGUGCCUUCAGUUCUUCAGAACCAAUCUCCUCUUCAGAACCAGAAAGGACUAAAAUUGAUAAUGACUUAUACAGUGAGAUGAGGAUCAAAAAACUAGAGGAUCAAAUUUCACAGCUCUUGAAGAAGGUGUCUAAUUGUUCAAGAACAGGCACUCCUUUGAAAGUUCUCAAAGCAAAGAGAGACACUGAUCUGACUUCUGAGAGUGAGUGUGAAAGUGGAAAAGAGAACAACAGAAAGGUGGCUAAAAGAAGCAAGAUCCCUAAUUAUUGUAAAUCUACCUUGUCUACUAAGGGGCAUGCUAAUCAUCUAAAAGGCAAAAUAACUGACAGGGGAGAGGAGCAGAAUUCUUUAAAGCUGAAGUGUCUGCAUUCUCAAAUGAAAGAGAACUCUUCUUGUGUAAAUUCAGCUUCAGAAACACCAGACUUGGAAGUUGUGGGAAAAUCAGCCAAGAAAUUGAUGGGAAGACCAAAGAGUCAAAUAAGAAAAACAGAAGGCGUGAAUUCAGGUACUGCAGAGGAAUCCACUUACAGGGCACUAGUUCAAGAACUGGAUCAGGAGAAAGAGAAGAGGUGGAAAGCUGAACAAGCUGAAAAGAAACUGAGAGACUAUAUCAAAGAACUGCAGAAACAGUCAAAAGAAGAAAAGAAUAUUCAGAGUAUGGCUGUGUACACUACAGAGAGGUUAAAGGAACUGAUUUUGAGAGAGAGAAAUACAAAAACAGGACUGCAAGCUGAUAUCCAGCAAUUGAAGGAUGAAACUGAAAGACUUAGCAGUGAGUUAAAUCAAGCAAGAAAUAAAGAGGAAGAUCAACGAAAGGCUCUACAAAAUUUAGAAGAAACAUUAUCCAAGAUGGAGACACACAGAGUACAGCAACAAGCAACAGGGAUGAAGCGGAUUCAAGAGGCAGAACUUAAAGCUUCAGCGACUGAGAGAGAAGUACAGUUACUUAAAGUAUCUCUUCGACAACAGAAAGAGAAGGUGCAUCAACUCCAUGAGCUUCUCAUGUUAAAAGAGCAAGAGCACAGGAGAGAACUUGAAACUCGAGUUGCUUUGAAUGGAUCUGAAUUCCAAGAUGCCUUGUCAAAAGAAAUUGCUAAAGAACAACAGCGGCAUGAAGAACGCAUUAAAGAAUUUCAGGAGAAAAUUAGUAUGUUAAACCAGCAGUAUAUGGAGUUAGAAAAUGAAUUUCGUAUUGCUUUAACUAUUGAAGCCAAAAGGUUUAAAGAGGUUAAGGACGGUUUUGAAAAUGUUACUGCUGAGUUAGCAGAACAUAAGUGUGCCCUUUUUCAAUCUCAGCAAAAGCAAAAGCAGUCAGCAGCUCUGAUUCAAGAGCUGACAUCCAUGGUGAAAGAACAGAAAGCAAGGAUUACAGAGGUAGUAAAGUCAAAACAAGAAACAGCAGCAAAUCUAAAGAGUCGAAUCAGAGCACUUGAAACUUUGGUUGAGGAGGACAAACAAAAGACUAUUCAAAUUGAACUCCUGAAACAGGAAAAAUCAAAACUUAUUUCUCAGCUAACAGCCCAAGAAUCUGUAAUUGAUGGAUUAAAAGUGGAAAGAAAAAUAUGGGGACAAGAGUUGGCACAACAGGGAGCUUCUCUUGCUCAAGACCGUGGAAAACUAGAAGCAAAAAUUGAGGUUCUGACCAAUGAAAGUGAGAUUCUAAAAAAACAAAACGAACGUGACAAUGAUGCGCUAAGAAUUAAGACCAAAAUAGUGGAAGAUCAAACAGAAACAAUUAGGAAAUUAAAGGAAGGUUUACAGGAGAGAGAUGAGCAGAUGAGAAAACAGUGUAAAGACAAUACUGAAAUCCAAAAGACUUUUCAGGUACAACUGGAUCAAAAAACUGCACAGUUGGAAGAGCUAAUGGAAAAGUUAGAAAGGCAAAAUGAAAGAAAAGAGGAAUUAAAACAACUGCUAGAAGAAAAAGAAGCAGAACUGGAAGAAAUUAGGAAAGCAUACAGUGCAAUGAAUAAGAAGUGGCAAGAUAAAGGAGAACUACUAAGCCACCUUGAGACACAAGUUAAACAAAUGAAAGAAAACUUUGACAUCAAGGAAAAGAAGCUGAUCGAAGAGAGAAACAAAAGUCUUCAAACUCAGAAGGUUGCAAUGGAAAAACUUCAUUCAAUGGAUGAUGCUUUUAGAAGACAGCUUGAGUCAACGCUAGCAGCUCAUCAGGCAGAAUUACUGCAGCUGGCAAAUGAAAAACAAAAACAGAUUGAAGCAGCAAAUGAAAAGGUUUACCGGGUUGAAGAAGAAAUGCGUCAGCUUCUGCAAGAAACAGCAAACAGUAAAAAGGCCAUGGAAGAGAAAAUAAGGCGACUUACAAGUGCAUUAAGUGACAUUCAGCAAGAUCUCUGAUGAAAUAUGUAAUGCAUUAAAUCUGACCAUCCUGCUCCUCUUUUUAAUAAAAGGAGUUGGCGAAGAAAUGUAAAAUAUAUAUACAUUAACAAAGAUACUGUAUAUUUGUUUAUAUAAUUUGUUAUGCUUAUUGCUGUGAUUUUUAGUUUCCUUUAAAACACUUUUUUACUUCCAGAGUAAUUUUUAUUUGUGUGAUAUUUGAUUCUUGAACUCUGAAAAUAAUGUAUUAAAACUAUGUACAGUAUUUUCAUACUAGUUAUCUGAUGUAUGUGUCUGGUAAUAUUUGUGUCUGAGCUGUCUAAGAAAUAGAUCAAAACAAAUCAACAGAUGAAAAUCACUGUGUGAAUUAAGAAUUGUCUGUAAAAGAAGAGAAGGUGGAGGCAUGGCAGAUGGAGCCAGGUAUGAAGUAAGGACACAAAAGGGGUUGGGCAUGUCUGUUGUGUGCUUGGGUUCUUUCAGUUAAGAAAUCAUGGAGUUCAUGUCAUAUUAAUGAAAAAUAAAUUGCACUCAUAAUCAGUG